UCCUCUAUACGAAAAUUUUGUGUAGCUAUUCAAAUUUUACAUGCUUGAAAUUAUUUCAAUUUCAUAUUUUAUUUUAUUAGAAUUAAAAAAAUUAUGGAAUAAUUUAUAAAAUUCACCACGCACAAUUGCUACGUAUAUUAUUUCAUUGAUACUAAGAGUUAGUUCUACAAAGAAUAUUCUUACCCACACAUAUAUAUGUUUUUCUUACUGACAUACGUACCGUAAAAGGACACACAAGACGAUUCCCGGUGUUGAUGGAGGGAGAGACGCUGCGGAGCUCACGCCCGUACAAACAUAAUAACAUUCCAUUUGCCGUGUUAGAUCAGUCUAGAUCAGUCUACCGAGCGCGUGCUUUCGAUCUCUCUCAUUGAUAGAAAAAUAGUUGCGCGCACAUAUAAGUGAAAUAUUAACUAUAGCAAUUAUCUUUCGAUCGAUGAAGGAUUCUGAUAUUUGUACGGUGAUCGCUGAACAUAUCGUCGCGUUGUGUCAAUAUUGACGAGAAAUUUCGUAAAAGCAAGCGAAGUUGAUGAACUUGUAAACGUAUCUCGUGAAUAUAAUAAUGAUCGAUAUUUAAUCAAUGCGUAAGAAAUAUAAUCAGUGCGCAGUCGGAUUAAGUCAGGUUCUCGUCUUGACCUUUUGGCGCGUGACUCUCUCACACACGUCUGCGUCAGUCACACGUGUCCGCAGUUAUCGAAAGGCAAUCGUCAUGUACGAUUAUGUGAGUGUUACGAAUGCGAAUCACAAUGCGCAUUUACACGUUCGUUGGUAAUCGUAUUUGCGCGAAUUUCGGGAACGUCGAAUGUGAAAAUAUCGAGCGAAAUUACAUCGAUCGACGUCGUGUUUUAAUAUAAAUAUCGCGAGUGAUACUGAAUAAUAUGUGAUACAAGGAAACAUCGGACGAUUAUUAUUGUGGUUACGCGAAUGUAAAUGUUGCAAAUACAUAUAAAUCAGUAGUCGAUAUUCGAUCGAAAGUAUUAUAAUUAUAUAUCGCCGCGCGUAAAGUGAAUGUCGAGAGAAAAUAUAUAUAUAAGUAUCAUGGAAGUGUUUUUUUACGAUAGUUAGAAUUGUAUUUUUUCGAAUAAAUAAAUAUGUACCGGGGAAAAGUGUCGGGAAAAAUAUCGUGUGAUUGUGAAAUUUUAAAUAUAAACUUACAUGUGCGAUGGAUCAUCGAUCAUCGAUAAUUAAUAAAGCUUCGGAGAGAAAGAUUGGAUUGAUGGACGAGAGGGAAAUAAUGAUUGAGGAAGGAGAAAUCCUAUCUCAGGAUUACAGCCAACUAGCGUUGGUGCCUCUUGUGUUUCCAGUGUGUUUCCGUAACGUGUAGGCGGUGUAAGUGCAAAGGGUAUCGCGGAGUGAGAUACGUUCCUCGAGCAUUCACGCUUGUUGACUUUUAAGCGGCAAGAUCGCGUAGAUGGAACACGCGAUGCAGCUGAGAAAAAAGAAAUGCCGGGAACGGUGCGUUUCUAUGUGACGACAGAAAGAUCUGCUGGAACUGCGAAUUGCUUGAAAAUUUGACGAUCCGAGCGCGUCGUCUGGAAAGUCUAGACGGACGAGUUUAAUCCCGCCGGAUUAACCGCCCGCGAAUAAUUUUCCGACAAUCUUCUCCAGACAACGUCACGGAGGAGGCUGUUUCAUUCUUCUUAUAAUUCAGCCCUAACAGGCUUUCGUCCGUCUUUCUUGAGCAAUUUAGCGAAUCAUCGAAGAUGGACGAAGACGAUACCGAGGACAUGCGCGAGGCUGUCACGCUGGUGAACCGACUCACCACGAGAAUUGCUUCAUCCUCUCGAAAAUUUACAUCCAAGACUAACCGUCAGAUCUUGCGAGCCCAAGAAUCGGCCGAGAAAGAAGAUUCCGACACGAUGGAAUGCGCGUCCGAGAACGAGGUUGAGAAUCUGCCAAAGGACGAAGACGCGCCGAUUAGGAUGCGCAGGAUAUGCGAGAGGAGUCGUCACUCCUUGGACGUUCCGGACGACACCGAAUUCUCGAUGACGCGCAAAAAGAUAGCGACAUCAUCGUCUCUUCGCGUAAGCGACGACUCAAAAUAUAUCGGCUCGCGGCUGGGCUUUUUCAUGACGACUCGCAGCCCGCAGUCCAGCUCUAGCCAAGAGGAGUAUGAACCCGAAAUCAAGAGCAUCUCGAGGUUGCAGAUGCAACAACAACGCCAGCAACAGCAACAGCAGCAGCAGCAUCUGUUGACGACCAGUGGUGUUGGUAGCCAAGUGACAGCCAGAUCGAUGGAGAGUCUGCGAUCGUCGAGGAACUUUUUGAGCGCCGACGAUCGCUACAGCGAGGAUUCCAAAUCAAUGGAGUCGCUGUCCUCGGAAAUGCACAUGGGUUCGUCUUCAAGGGGCCAUUACAGAAGCUUUCUGACGUCGUCCACGAGGGACGUGCGCAAAAUCGUGACGGUCGAGUCGAAGAGCAGCGAGAACCUGCAUCGGGAGGAGAGUCUGAACGCCGAGGUCAGACGCGGCCUUUUCGCCAAUACCGGCUUUGAGAGAAAGCUACCGCAGCAUCUAAGUCUGCCGCCGCCGUCCAACAUAUUCUCUUUGACCAGCCCGGGUGGCAGCGAUCGCAAGAUCACGAUCCUGAGCCCGCACUUGCCCAUGCAAACGUCGGAGUUUCAAUUCUCGGCGCAGACGCUCAAGAGCAGGCGCAAGAAGGCCAUCGUAUUGCCGAGGUUGGUGUUGCCCCGAAGCGAAUCCGAGGUCUUUUUAGAGUGAGUAGUUGAAUGAUAGAAUUUCCUCUCCUCUGUUUUGCCAUUGUGUGGUCGGUGUUUUUGAGGUAAUACCGCUCGAGGCGAUCCACUCUUGUUUCAUUAUUUUUCACGUUAAUCUUUCCGGGCUCCGUAUGUCGGUUUAUAAAAAUGAAAUGGAAUGAGGGAAAAUCAAUAAUAGAAAUUCAUCGCGCAAAGUCGUCUCGGCUAAACAACAAAUAAAUCAACCGAUAAGCAGAACCGAACAUAAUAUGCAAUGUUGUAAUUAACACAGCUACUUGAUAUCGUGGAUAUACACGUGGGAAUAUUUAAUAUUUAUCAUAUACAUCGUGAUAAUCCAUCGGGACGCGAAUUAUAUUACGACGCGGAUGAUUAUUUCAUUAUGAUUAUGAAUUAAAUUGGUAGAAUAAUCCAUAUCAUAUGUGAAUGGAAACCCAUGCAGCUGCACAUAAUAUUGCAACGAUAUUGUUACAGUUGACCUCCCACCAUCUGUAUGUGAAAAAUAGUUUACAGAUAUAAAUACAAUCAAAAUUUAUUAUUUGUUUCAGAGUAGAAUCUUUCAAUUUUUAAAGAAAUGAUAAUUUGAUACAAAAUAUUUUGGAUUUCUUUCUUUGAGAGACAGAGAAAAAAUUCUUGCAAGUUUCUUUAUUUUAUUAAAAUCGUGAGACAUCAAUA